UUCAGCUCCAUAAAUAAUCCCCCAUGAAUAAACUAAAUAUAGAUUUCUAUAGAGAAUCUGUUUGUUCAUUUAGUGAAACAUUUGUUAGGAACUGAUGCUAAAAAUAUCAAUAAACAAAAUUUAAAAAAGCAAAGCUGAAAACAGACAUUAAUUCUUCUAAAUAAAACAAUAAAGAUGUUUAUUUUUUAAGGCUUUGAGUCUCAGCUCUGUCAUAUGGAAUAUUUUCUCUGUAAUAGUUAAACUAUGUUUGAAUAUUUACUUUAAUAUAAAGUAUAUAUAUAAGGUAAUCUACAUGGAGACAGCUACCGAUCCUGGCUGGCGUCAUGUGUCGCAGACUGAACCGCUUCUGUCUCUGGUUGCUUUUUAGGACUCCGCGUGCGCUGAGACGGAAUGCGUGGCGCGCUCCGGUGUCACUGGACUCCGUCUCGCCGGACGCAGAGCUUUGUGCGCAGCCUGAAGGGAAGCACGCGUCCUGGGCGGCUUCAUGAAACACCGACCGCUUCGUGUCAGACACCAACAUUUACGCUGCUGCCAUGAAGACCGACAGGAGAUGCGUCCAAAUGUUGGCGGCCAGCGGGCAGGAAGACGAUCCGCUCCAAAAGGAACCGCACGACGUCUCGGAGACGCAGGACGAAACCAGAUACGUCGAUUUUGAGCCAAAGGAGGAAGAGAAAGUUUGUCGCUUUGGUUCCAGAAACCAGGCGCCUGUCGUUGAUGAAAACAGCCGAUUGGAAGCAGUUUGCGCACCGGAGCCGAACUGUGAGCUGAGCGGGAUGCAUCCAGAGGAGGCAGGGAGCGACUCAGGUAAGGAGAGUGUUGAAGACGUCGGGAACGCGUCUCCAUCCUCUCCACCUUGUCUGGAAAAGACUGAGGAUUGCCUGCAGACAGGAGCGCGCGGCGGUGAGCUGAGCGCAUUUACGCGCGGCGAGGUGUCCAAAGGAAACGCAGAGCGCGACGAGGAAUCCCACAGCACCCACAGCUGCCUGAGUGGGAGAAGUGAGUGGGAGGACUGCGAGGAGUCGGACAAUGUCAGCCUGCUGCUCUCUGAUGAUGAAACGCUUCCGUGCGUAACAGAGGACCAUUACAUUACCACGCACGAGAUCCAGCUCUCUGAGCUCUCUGACCACGAAGGCGGCUUCGACCUCAGCGCGGCCUCCUCCGCCAGCUGGGAGGCGGAGGAUGACGCGCAGGUGUACCCCUUUGUGGAUUACUGCUUGGAGCGCGGAGGGGCUGCGGGGGAUCCGGGGGCCAGCCGUGCGCCCUGCUCCCUGGGAGUCAGCACUCUGCUGGAAAACGAUCUGCGCGGCGAAGAGACGCGGCGCGGCGGCAGCAGCGAGGGACAGAUCCGCCUGUCAAUCAGAACCACGUCCCGAGCUAUAAAUGAGCCGCGCAGCAUCCAGGAGGAGGGGAAUGUUCUUUAUCAUGCGAGGCGCGCAGGAGACAUGAGCCGCUAUGUGUUCAGGGGGGUGGAGGGGAAGGCCGAGGGCCUGUGCGACAGGGCCCAGUGCUUCAUAGCCGCGCCAGGGCGCCUGCACUUUGGCGGCAGAUUGAGGGGGAAGGAGGUCACCGGGUGCUCCAGCGGCACCUCCAGCGAGCUAGACGACGCUGACAAGGAGGUGCGCAACCUCACAGCCAGAGCCUUCAAGAGCCUGGCCUAUCCUUACUUUGACACCAUCAAUUUCAGCACCUCCAGUGAGUCCUCUGCCUCAGAGCACGGCUUAGGGAUAAACAGGUGGUCCACCUUUCUGGAUCUGAAAUACGGAAAGGUCAACGUCUCCCAGGCAGCGGACCAAAGUGUGGUUUCCCGUCAAAACUCUUCCCAAAACAGAGACAGCAGAGCCUAUAAGGGCAUCAAACCGCCCACCAGCAACAUAUUCACUUUGAACGCCAACCCCCACGGCGCAUCGUCAUCAAAGCAGAUCCAGCUGAUGGGGAAAUUGGGGCAGGGCCACAGUGGAGUGAUCAGACUCACAGAGACUCUGAAUUUUCGCUGCAAUGUCAAAUCGGGAACGUCUGGGGGAGAAAGGCGCACCGACUCGGUGCAAAACGCUGCAGGAUCACGUUCCACGGAUGAGGUUACCAAGAGCCUGCAGAGCAGCCAGCAGAGAGGGGGCAGCCAGCAGCCCUCUAAAAGCAUGGAUGAGACGCACAAGAAAGCGGUGUUCGCCUCCAGUCUGAUCAAAAAUGUCCUUUCUAAGAAGAUCCAGUUCGAACAGGAGCGCAGGAUGGAGAGAGGGGAGAUCAGCGAGCCGCACCAGGCGCCCUCCCCGCAGGAGAGCGACAGCCGGCGGAAGGGGAGCAGAGAGCUGCAGAGACAGAGCUCCAAGUUCUCCGAGAGCGGCUCCGACUUCGCCGUAAUGUCUGCGGACGAAUUAGGAGACAUUGUGGAGAGCGGCUCAUGUGAUAGCAAGAGGCAAGACGCGUCUGCAACAGAAACUAAUUUGAACUCGGCCAAUGAAGCUGGGAUUGAUACUAAAAAAGGCGCACUGCUCCGCAGCCAAAAUAGCGCAUUCAGAUGCUGGAAGGACGAGGUGCUAGGGUUUCAAAAGGAUCAUAAAAACGAUCAAACUCCGGAGGACAAGCUGCUUCCAGCUGAGGACAAAGACUUGGAGGGGGAUCCGUCCUCAGCACGCUGCGCUAAACCCACCAAAAUGUCUCAUUUGUUUGUGCCAAGUAUCCAGCUGCUGCCCAGCGACGGAGAGGCGAGCGCGCAGCGGCACAGGGGAGCCUACUCCCGGAAUGGAAGCAAAACUUUAUACGUGCCAGACUCCAGCAGCUCCAAAACAUCCAAAUCCCCGGAAAUCAAAAUCAACCUGAGAAGCGUGAGAGACGGCACGGCGGGCUCCAAGCUGCGCGCCCCAAAUAUCAACUCCAGCCUCAUCAGAACAGACGAGCUGAAAUGCCAAGCUUUGGCUGCGGCCCUGAAGGGUGAGUCCGCGGAUAAAGUUCCGCAUUUUAUGGUUAGAGACAUCAGAGAAAACAAAGGGAAGUUACAAACUCCCAUUCACCAAGUCAGAGAUGUGCGUAAACUGGUUAAAAGUUCAUAUCACUUUGUUUCUUUGGAUAACAAAGAAACCAAAUCCAGCUCUACCAACAGGAAUCCUAACUCUGGCUCCCCUAUAGUCAUAAAAUGUCAGUCUGUAAAUACUAACAGUACUGAAAAACCCACAGAGUUGAUGAAACUGGAGCAGUCUGACACAUGCAGGUCGUCUCCAGAGGGCGCUAAGAGCGCUUCUCCUCAGAAGGCAGGGAGAGCACCAAACCCUUCCAACAGCUCAGAGGGGAGCACUGUGAUGAGCGGGGAGAGCAAAAUAAACACAACAAAGCAAGAACCGGUGUCAGACGUGACAGAAAAUAGACCGGAGACCAAGAUGGCAAACCGGGCGGCUCUGGAGAAACUCCAGGCUGCAGUGAAAACCAUGGAGCAGCUGUACGUGUUUGAAAAAAACGAGUGGAAAAGAAAGAGCGAGCCCCGGCGUCUGACGGACAGUCAUGUGCUGUCACUGAUAGCCCGCGAGGAGCAGCAGGAACCCGAGGAAAGAGGAGGGAUAGGGUUCAACGCAGACAGGGCGGUCAGGAGAGACUCCUACCCCAAUAUAGACACGACCCCCUCCGCGUUAUCCACGCCCCCCGCCACUGACAGCUCCCUGAGGUGGCUGGACAAAGACCUACUUAAAGUUUUCCAGGCAUCCAGCGGCCAUGAUGAAAGGUCAACGCAAACAUCUGGUCCCACGGGGGGCAAGAACAUGUCGGGCUUCAGCCCCAAAGCCAAGGUCUCCACAGCCGCCAAUGUUUUCCAGACAAACACCCCCCCCAGCGGAAAAACCUUCGCACCAAAGUCCCCGAAGCUGCCUCUGUCCCUAAAAACCAGCUGGUCAGGAGUUAGUGGGAAGGAGGAUUCUGAACCAAGGGGUGCAGACCGCUUUGAACAUCAGCUUUCAGGCGCAUCAGCGGACGGUGGGAAUUACCUAACCAUCCCGGUUAAGACCCCACCCAGCAGCCGCAAAACUGCAUCUUCAGAUAAAACAUCAGCAAAGACGCUUUGCCAUCAGUCGCAGUCAAUGUCUCCCGAACGAUAUGAGGGAUCUGCCUCACGAGGUCAGGAGACGAAACGAUCCAGCCUUGUGAUGGAGACCCACUCACCUGAGAUUCCCUCUGCUACCAUUUACCACUCCCUGCCUUUGGCUGCGCCUGCCAGUCAGCCGCAGGUCUAUUGCUUCUCCCCGGCGAUGACUCCCGCCCCCACCCUCGACCCCUUUCAGGCCACACAGAGGAAAAUGCUGCUGGAUCCCACCACUGGAAAUUACUACCUGGUGGACACGCCCGUGUCCCCGGCCACAAAGCGCCUGUUUGACCCAGAAACAGGGCAGUACGUGGACGUACCCAUGCCCCAGCCUCCGAUGACACCGGUACCUAUGCCUAUCUCGCCGCUUGCGCUCAGUCCAGGAGCCUACGGUCAUACCUACAUGAUCUACCCCGGCUUCAUGCCGACGCCUUCGGUGAUACCUGCCAGAACGCUGGUACAGUCCCAGAUGUCAGAGGCAGAGAGCGUAGAGAAGUUUUCCUCACAGCAGGCCGAAGGGAUGUACAUGGAGAGUCCCUUCUACAUGGCGACUGGGAAGCCUUCCCAGGCAGCUCCUCAGCAGAGCGCCUCCAACAGGCCACAGCAGGGAUACUCCGGCCUCAAUCAGCCCGUCAUCAGCUUCACCUCCCAGCAAGGACCCCGGAUCAUCGCCCCACCCUCAUUUGACGGGACCACCAUGAGUUUUGUGGUGGAGCAUAGAUGAGAUGCAGCUCAGCUUGGAGACGACGGUGGGAUUUGGUGGAUCGGCCUGCUCUGGGUUUAUCCUCUGCAUUGUUUUACCUGAAGACUUUCUACGAGUUAUUCAUGAUUCAUUCUUACAGCACUGCUAAACCAGAAAUACACUAGAAAAUUAUCUAGAAAUAAGAAAAAAAUUCUUAAAUUAAGUGUAUUUACCCUUAAUUUGAGUAGGCAAAUCAGAUAGUUUGCCAAUGGGAUGAGUAGUUUCACUUUUAAAAUAAGAUUAUUCGAUAAU